AUGGCAACACGUUCCACAUCCUCUACCCCACAUCCCCAAACUCCCCCCUCACCUAACCUAAGCAACGACGACUCGAUUGAGUCUGAUAUUUCCUAUUCAGACAGAACAAUGCUACAAAAAAUAACCAAAACUCUGAAUUUUUCCUCCGCGCUCAAAGCAAACAAUAACACCAGCAACCCCAACCCCCCUCCCACUUCCUCCUCCAACAACACCAACACCAACACUCAACAAACCUUCAACCUAAGAUCCCUUCCAACCAGAUCCCAGAAACAACUUCACAACCCCAUGAAUACUCAUGAAAUCCUAAGGAACCAAAUCCUAUUUUUAAAAGCCAACCUCAAUCAAACGGCACUGCUUAAAAUAAACUCAAACAUAACACAAUCACAACUCGAAACUAAACUCAAAAACGCAACCGGAGAGAACUCAAUCCGCGUAAUCCUCCUAAAUCCCAGAAUCCUUCCAAAUAAAAAACCGCCAACCACAAGGAAUCCCACGUUCUCUAUGGUGAUCAAGGGUGUCCCCAAAGACAUCACCAUGGAGGAUCUGGAAGAAUCCUUCAAAGAAAUCAGUUUCCCAACAAUUGAAUUCUGGAGAAUCACCUCUCGGGCAACCAACCAACCCACAACCCUAAUCAGAGUCAUCACUGACUCUGAAUCCUGCUAUUCCCGAGCCCUAAACUUAGGAAUUUCAUUCUUCGGAAUGAAAUUCCAGGUUGAACCAUCCAAUCCCAAUCCUAUCCCCCCUAUCCCAAAAUACUGUAGCAGAUGCGCGGAAAACGGACAUUCCCUAGAGGAAUGCAAAAACCGUAUUUCGUGUCCUCAUUGCGGCGAGGAACAUAAACCACAACAAUGUCCUAAAAUCCAGAACCCUAAAUGCAAAAAUUGCAAUGGAGACCACCCCGCCUUUUCCCCCAAAUGCCCCAAAAGGGCCGAACCCCCCCAAACCCCAUCAGAAGUCGCCCCGGUAGUCCUAACCCCCCUCCCAAUCCUCCCAGAGCUUACCGAAGCCACAAAAACAAUAAUCAUGCUAAACACAAUCGUAUUAAUCAAUACCUUGCCGGAAAGACGACAACUGAUUCUCACGAGUCUGAACAAAAAUAUGCAGGUCCUAUUUGGACACACAUGCAUAUGUACAUGCUCGGGAGGUCAGGUGAAGUUUUUCUUCAACAAAAUCUGA